UGGGGGGAUAUUGCUUAGGGUUCUGUUAUAAGAAGGCCUAGGGUCGCUUUGAUGUGUGGAGAAACUUGCUCAUUUUGAUGAGUGUGCUUAGGGAUAGAUAGUAUGUGAAUUGUGUAACCAAGUCCUUGGGAAUCUAUAAUAAGGAAAAUUAUUCAAAGAAUUUAACAUACUUUUACUAAUCUCUUAGCUUAGAAAUGAAUUCCUCCUCCCAAUUACAAAAUGAGUUAGCAGAAAUACUAUUUGCAUCUUCUGAACUUGUGAGCAAAAGAGCUAUCAUUCUUCCUCUUCCAGAUAAAUUAUGUUGAGACUUGUCUGUAUUAGAUUCUCUUCCUGAUUUACAUUCAUUACCAGUUAAAUUCAAAGAAGAACUAAAGAUGAUGCUGCUUCCACCUUUAAAUAAUAUCUGCUCGAAAAGUGAGCAUACUCAGUUGGAGAAACCCGAACUAUUCUUGGAUCAGACUAAAAGAGAGUUGCACAAAGAAACAGAACAUUCUUGUGAGGUCAACGGAGAAUCAAGCAUUGAUAAGCAUCAGACUUCCAUGAUAAAGCCAAAAUCCCAAACUUCGGAUCAUAGUGAAACCCCCUGCUCAUAUCAGGAGGAACCUGAAAGUAUUGGAAAUCUAAUUAAAAAUGAAGUGAUUCCUCAAUGGAAUCAAUAUAUGUCAAUCAAAAACUUAAGAAAAGAAGCAGAUCCUUAUAUAAAACCUCGAGCAGAUACAUUUAAGAAGAAGAUACUUAGAGACUUACGAGAAUUCUACAGAAUACUAUUCCGAAAGAGGUUCCAUUUAUCCGAAUACAAAACAAUCGAGGGAAUCUCUAAAUGAGUAAGAACCUUCUUUUCAGAACUUGCCCUAACCCCAUCUCCUGAAGACCUAUCCGACUUCCACCUCUUCCGGUUCCUGCACCAGACCCACAAGACCACGUGCUCUAAAAUAACUGCUCACUUGGUUACCUCCAAUACUUCUCCCUUUCUUGCAGUUGAGAAGUUCAAUAAUAGCAGGUACACCUCCUUCCUAUCGCAUUCUCUGAGUUCCCAAAUGCUGACUCUGCUCUACAGAACCUACCUCAAAGACUACACUCCCUUUAUAAAAUCAAGUAUUCGCAAGAAGGUAGUCUCCCUUCUGACUAAGAUCUUGGAUCAAAAGUCAGUGUAG